GAUAGCACAUGUCCACUGCCUGAUUGUGUAAACAUUCAUUUCUCUUCUAUAUCCUACAAAUUUACAAUGGAAAAGGUAGUCGCAGUCAGGAACUGUUUGCGCUUCAUGCAGCUAGUUCCACAGUCGGCAAUGUUGGCGCCGGGUGUGCAAACUAUGCAGCAGGUGCGACAUCGGCAAACCAAGCACUGGAAACCUGAGUUCAAACGAUUCCGCAAGCUGAAAUUCGUUAAACUAGAUCUGCCCAAUUUGCGCGAGAAGAGCGAAGAUAUUUCCAAAGAGGAGAUGCGCAGUCGUAUGAAAGAACGUGGCGUUCUGCCACCACGACCCUGGAUGGAACGCCCUUUUCACAUAAGCUGCACGGGAGGCAUAUUUGAAGCGUAUGUGCCACCCGAGGGCGAUGGCAAAAAGUCGAUCAUUUCAACAUCCGGGGCAAAGCAAAAAUUUGAGUUUCUGGAAAAAAAGUCAAAGAGCUUAAUGGCUGUGCGAAAAAUACGAACCUACGAUGAAAGUUUUAGCACCGAUGAGUUCGGCGCUCACGCUCAAGAGGUUUACAUAGCUGCGCACACUCACAUGGCGGCCAAGGAAAAGUAUAAGAUACGGGAAUACGUCAGCGAACGUUGCUAUCCAGAAAUGAUGCACAAUGUCAAGGACAAGACAAUUCACUGGCGUUUUCUGCAGUCACUGGAGCCCCCGCGUGUGGUGCACGCCCGCGUCACUGAGGUCAUUACAAAGGAGAACCAGUUUGCACAAGUCACAGUACGCUUUCAUACACAGCAAAUGUUGGCAAUAUACGAUCGCUUUGGUCGUCUAAUGCACGGUAGUGAGAUUGUUACCAAGGACGUGCUGGAGUAUGUGGUCUUUGAGAAGCACAUUUCAAAUGAAUAUGGUAAAUGGCGAUUGCAUGACAAGAUCAUACCAGAUUGGUUGCCCCCCAAGGAGCCGGCGCCCAUCACCUAUCGUUUAAUCGAGGAGGCUGAUGAGGAGAUAACACAGCCCAAAGAGUUGGGCUUAGCAGAGCCAAAUAAACAGCUCGAAGCUGGCACGGAGCAACAGCAAAAGGAGCAAUUGCAAGUGGCAGCCACUAGUAGCGUAAGCGAGGAAAUCGAGCGGAGCGGCAAACCAAAAUUGGCCAUUUGAUUGUAUUUUUUGUGGGCUGCUUGGCGGGUCAGAUCGUUGCGCUUUAAUUUUGUACAGCACCGUUGAGACUUGAUCAUAAAAAUCCAUCUGCUUAGUCCACACAUCUUGUUUUUACGAAAAGUAAUCCUUAUCUAGAUUGCAACUUUUCGGUUUGCCUAAAUAGGUGCCUUUCAGCUUGUAUAAAAGAAUGAACAUUGACAUUAAAAAGGUUUAAUUUGUUUAUUUUAUUUAA